CUCAGGUGUUUCGAUCCUCAGCCAUUCGUUUUUCCAACUUCGCUGACCAGAGUCUUUCGUUUUGGGAUCAGUUUUUCUGAUCCGUCGCCAGUCGGCAACUAUACCUAUCAUUCCCCCUGAGUCAGGUCACAAUAUCCAGUUCUUUGCCACCUUUGUGAACAUCAUUGAACGCCAUGAAGACCUUUAGCGCGACCGCAUUGCUUCUCAUCGCUGGGGUCGAAGCCGCCAAGCACGCCCACGGUCACGGACACCGCUCGGCUAUCGAAGGAGGCAACUCGGUGACCAAGCGCACUGGGAGCUGUCAAUUUCCCUCGGAUGCAGGCCUGGUGGCGGUCACGCCGGGCGAGCUGAACGGUGGCUGGGCCAUGAGCCCAGAUCAGGAGUGCAAGCCGGGAGGAUACUGUCCGUACGCAUGCCCACCAGGGCAGGUCUCGAUGCAAUGGGAUCCUGAGGCGACCUCGUACACUUAUCCUCUGUCGAUGAAUGGCGGUCUCUAUUGCGACGAAGAUGGCAACAUCCAAAAGCCCUUCCCGAAGAAGCCGUACUGUCAGGACGGCACUGGGGCUGUGGGCGCGAAGAACAAGUGCUCCAGCCAUGUUGCGUUCUGUCAGACGGUCCUCCCCGGAAACGAGGCCAUGCUCAUCCCCACCUUAGUGCAGGAGCUGGAGACCCUCGCUGUGCCUGACAUGGGAUAUUGGUGUGAGACCGCGGCGCACUUCUACAUCAACCCGCCCGGCUACAGCACUGACGAAGCCUGCGUCUGGGGUACUUCUGAGAACCCUUUUGGUAACUGGUCACCUUAUGUCGCUGGUGCCAACACCGACGCCUCUGGCAACACGUACGUGAAGAUCGGAUGGAACCCGAUCUAUCUGGAACUGACGACCCCCUUCCGCGAUGUGGUGCCCGACUUUGGCGUUGAAAUCGAAUGCGAAGGCGACAGCUGCAAUGGGCUUCCCUGCAAGAUCGACCCGGAAGUGAACGGAGUGAAUGAGAUGACCGGCUCCAGCUCUGUCGGUGCAGGAGGUGCCACCUUUUGCGUGGUCACGGUACCUAAGGGUGAGAAAGCGAACAUUGUUGUAUUUGAGAAGGCCGGCAGUUCGUCAGGCGGGGGCAGUAGCAGCACUGUCAGCAGUGUUGUUGCCACCAGUACUAGCAGCAGCUCAACCAUCAAGAGCACCACCAGUUCAACCACUUCGACCAGCAUCAGCACCAGCACCAGCACCACCAGUACCAGCACCAGCACCAGCACCACCAGUACCAGCACCAGCACCAGCACCUCCACUAGCUCAACCAGCACCAGUACUAGCACCAGCACCACCAGCACCCCAAGCACAACAUCCAUCGCUUCCAGUACCACGAUCGAAUCAGCCAGCUUUGGCUACGCUCCGCACUCCUUCGUCGAGACGGAACACGUCCAGAUGGAUGCGGUUUCGCAGGGUACCAGCGAAGCAUCUGCGACGCCGACUGUCGUUACUGCCGAAGGAGCAGCAGCGACGAGCAAGACGGUGUCGACUUUAGGUCUGGUGCUGGGAUUGCUAGGAGCCAUUAUCAUGGUCUAAUGCGCGUGCGUGAGUGCGCAACCUAAUCAUUCUCUUACUAUUAAUCUUUCUCUUCUUUUACUUCACUUCGGACAGGAACUUACCCU